AUGGCGAUUAAAAACACUCUUCCUUCUCCUUUUGAAUUGAAACUAAAACAUCGACUGGAACAAAAACCUGAAGCAAAAGAUUUCACAGUCGGUGUUAAUGCCAAGAUCUUCCGACAAGGGUGUUCUACUCCGUUCGAAGAGAUCUUCUUCUCCUCCGCUGUUCAAGAUUUCAUCUGGGAAGACGAAGAUUGUCCAGAGAAAGUAGCACUCUACGAAUUACUUGUCGAUUCUGGAAUAACCGAAUUCGAGGCUCAGUUUCUGCUUAUUGACAUUAUUUUGUACGUUUGUGAAAAAACACGUACGGUUGAUGAGGAGUACAAAGGACUUCUCUCGUUGACGGUCGAAGUUACCCUACCAAAGGAACCGGUCGAGGAGCUUAACCAUGUCGGUUCGGAGCAAACUCAACCCCAAAAACCAAUAGCGACGACGAAGAUGAGAGAGCAGCGGAGGCGUUGGUUAAAACCAAAACAAAAAAUACAAAAAGCCACGUACAAAAUCGGAGCUGAUGGCGUCUCACUGGUCCUUGUAAAGCAUUGA